AUGCGUUCUUCUAGACGAGCUCUUGCACAGGUUUCAAACACUGCCACUGGAGUUCGCCUCAUAUAUCCUUGUCAACCUCGUCAAACCAGCACAAACGUUAGAUGGCUUGGACAGGAUUCCAAGUCCGCGCUGCCCAAGGCAGAGGAAGGAGCCGGUUCUCGCCGACCUCCCAAGAAGAUGUUCAUUGCUCCCUUCAUAGCCUUUUCAGCUGGCCUUUCAUUAGCCAUAGCCUAUUAUAUAUACAGAGUUGCCAAGCCUGUUGAAGUGUCGUGGCGAGUGUUUGAAGAAUUGUUGUCUCGUGGUGAAGUCCGCAGUGUUCAAGUCUCACAGAGUCGUAAAAGGGCGCUUAUUCUUCUUCAAUCUGCGCAAAUCGUAGAUGGGAAGGCUGUCUUUGUAGUCAGUGUUCCACUUGAAAAUGAAACAGCUCUUGAUUUCGAUCGUCGAGUGCGUCUAUUUGAGUCCAAAAUAGGCAUUCCUAAUUCCGACCGGAUACCUCUUGUUCUUACUCAAGAAAUGAGUAACGAUGACCUCUUAAUUACGGUCAUACUCUCUUCAGCGGUUGCUGCAACAGUUUUGUUUGUGUGGAUAUAUAAGAAUUCUCCUCGUAACCUGCCACCGAGGGAAGCAAUUAUGGUGGCUCUGCGGAAGCUAACCUCCCAGAAAGGCGGUGUUGAGUCUCACACCAAACCGGAGCCGCAGAUGCAAUCACCGCCACCGCGGGUGUCGAAGGAUGAGCCUAGUGUCGGUAGCAGUUAUACUGGAGGUUUCGGCAGUGGAAUGCCGUUCCUUGAUGCAUUUCCCGGUUUGGGCGAGCCUCAACCCAUCACCACAAACACUACAUUCGCUGAUGUAGCAGGCAUGCACGCAGCGAAGGAGGAGGUGAUGGAAUUUGUUUCGUAUCUCAAAAAUCCCACCAAAUAUGAGGCUCUUGGUGCAAAGCUGCCAAAAGGUGCGCUCCUGCUAGGUCCACCGGGAACUGGCAAGACUCUCCUUGUCAAAGCCCUUGCACACGAGGUUGGUGUGCCUUUCUACUCUAUGGCCGGUUCGGAGUUUAUCGAGAUCAUUGGUGGUCUCGGUGCUUCACGAAUUCGCAAACUAUUCAAUGCCGCCAGACAGAGGUCCCCCUCCAUUAUCUUCAUUGAUGAAAUCGACUCCGUCGGACGUAAACGUUCUGCUUCAGUACCAGGUGGUGGUGGUGGCGGGGUGGCAGAAAUGGAACAGACGUUGAACCAGUUGCUGGUAGAGAUGGAUGGAAUGGACACUACCGAGGGAACCAUCGUUUUUGCGGCAACAAACCGCGCCGAUCUGUUGGAUAAGGCUCUGCUACGGGCUGGUCGAUUUGAUCGCCACAUCUUCAUUGACCUACCUAAUAUGGCUGAGCGCAAAGAUCUUCUGGACAUGUACCUCAGAAAGUACAAACUGGCCACCAGCAUCAACGUGUCGGCACUGCGUGAUCGCCUAGCUACGUGGACGUCGGGCAUGUCUGGUGCGGAUAUUGCGCGGCUGUGCAAUGAGGCUGCUCUCAUCACUGCCAGAGGUGCCAACGCUGAAGAGGGUAUCCAAGAUGCACACUUUGACAGCGCACUAGAGCGUGUUCUUGCAGGUGCCGCAAAGCGUUCGAGUCCGCUGUCGCAGUCUGAGCGUCAGGUGGCGGCUGUGCAAGAGGCGGGGCGUGCGCUAGUAGCUUCGUUGCUACCCUCAACGGGACUAACGCCUUUCCGCGUCUCCAUCGUGCCCCGCGCCUCCACUGGCACCUCUGGUGUGUCUGGUGGUCUUGGCUUCACUCAAUUUGUCCCCGAAGAGCGGUUCCUUCUCUCCUGUGACGAAGUCGCUGACCGGAUCACUGUUCUCCUCGCCGGUAAGGCCGCCGAGGAGAUUGUCUUUAAGGCCUCAUCAGAUGCCUCCGAGCAGUACCUUAAGAAAGCCACUGACCUCGCCUACAAGGAGGUGAGAGAUUGGGGCAUGUCAAAGGCCGUGGGCAAUCUAAGUUUUGGCGAUCAAUGGCAAAGCAGCUUCUCCGUGGAGCCAUACAGCAAGCGGACCGCGGCUCUGAUUGACUUUGAGGUGCAUCGUCUACUUGCCGAGGCCUUCCAGCGUGCUAUAGCGCUGAUUACAAAAAAUGAGUGUAAAUUGCGUUGCAUUGUUGAGGAAUUGAUGGAGAAAGAAGUCCUCUCGGCAGAUGAACUGAAGGCCAUCAUCGCCUCUCACCAGCACUGCUCCCACGUCCUGAUGCCAGCAUAA